UGUGUCCAUAAAAGGGAGGGGCUUAUACGUAGACGGGCAAGGCUGACAUUGACUGCACUUACGCUAGUGCUUUUACAGACAAUAUCCUGUCGAGUUGUGAGUAGAACGCAGUCUGUUUUUGAAGCGACUUUUCAGCACCAAAAUCACCAGUAAUCAUGGCUGAGAGACCAAAGGGCUACGGAAUGACUGCCGAGCUGCAGGCCAAGAAAGAUGCCAAGUACGAUCCAGUUGCAGAGCAGGAGGCCAAGGACUGGAUUGAGGCAGUCACUGGGGAGCGUAUCGGCGGGGCCACUUUUCACGAGGGUCUCAAAGACGGAGUCAUCCUUUGCAAGCUCGCUAACAAGCUGCAACCGGGCUCUGUCGCCAAGUUCAAUACAAGUAAGAUGGCAUUCAAAAUGAUGGAAAAUAUCGGCAAAUUUUUGAGCUUUACUGAGGCGUACGGAUGCAAUAAAGUUGAUAUGUUCCAAACGGUGGACCUGUAUGAAGAUCAGAAUAUGCCACAGGUGAUUAAUGCAAUCCAUGCGCUCGGACGUAAGGCCCAGGCGAAGGGAUUCAGUGGGCCGACACUCGGGCCCAAGGAGUCUGCCGCGAAUAAGCGGGAAUUUACGGAGGAGCAACUCAAGGAGGGCCAAAAUGUCAUCGGGCUUCAGAUGGGUACGAACAAGGGGGCCUCCGCCGCCGGACAGAACUUUGGACUGGGACGUCAGAUCAAAAGUUAGGGCCCCUGCCAAGUCAAAUAACUACAAACGCAAAACCAAUAUGCAACAACUUCUAAAAAGAUCAUAGUUCAUUCACCACACAAACUCAGACAACCGGUAAUACUAAGAAAAGAAGGGGAAUUUCAUAAAUCUAUGCCCAGUCAGUAGCAAAGUCUUCUUAGAAACCACGUCUGUUAAAUUCGACAGUUUGAUAAAGGUCGAUAUAUCAAAUUAAUACGUUGAGGUUUCGAUGUGAGUUUUGUUGUCUUUUUGCUGGGGUAUAAUGACUUUAGAUUUCAUGCUGUCCGAAGUUGAUGUUUUAAGACGGUUUUAUUGCACAGUGCAAAGCCCUGUCCAAGCAUUUAGAGAAAUGACACAAUGGUCCAAGUAUAAAGUGAAAAGUACCUUUUUUCCAUAAGUAUCUCUAAAGGCUUUAUCGAGUUUGACGUUGUUCGCAAACAACACAUUUUUUUUCUGGUGACACUUUGACAACCUUUCAAGCAAAUUUGCACAGAUUUUUUUGAAGCCGAUACUCUGCCCCAAUAAAUUUGAAAUUUUGAUUAAUUUGUAUUUACUUUUUUUUCUCGAAUUAGUGCCUUCAAAAGAGAUGCAUGGCCUUAGCGGUUCCAUUGUUUACUGUUCAAAAGUUUCUACUUUGAAUAAAAUGUCUUGGUAUUUGGUUUAAUAGAGUAUUUUUUAUAUUAAUAGAUGCAAAUUAGUUUGUCUUAUAAAAAAAAUACAUAUAUAAGGUGUCCAAGAAACUCACGCAACCUCGUACUUUCACUUUGCAGAGACCUACUGACACUUUAUGACUAGGAUUUUGUUUUGGAAGGAAAAUGAUACCAAUAACUCCUGAUUCGGUCUAAUAGUUUUGAUUCCAGCGCCAUGUUAGCGAACCAAAGUCGGGGACAACGGAUUAUCUUAACCCCUGACCUUGGUUCACAAGAAUGGUGCUGGAAUCAAAACUACUGAACAGAAUCGGGAGUUUUUUGUUUCAUUUUACUUCAAACAAAAUUCCCUAGCCGUACAUAAUGGUUUAGGUCCCUGGAUCCUGGAAAGAAAAGGUGGCGUGUUUCUUUUUCGACCACCCUGUAUGGACAUUUAGCACUCUUUUGUUUUGAACAUUUUACGCAUUCAUUAGCAAACAUAUAACAUUUGUAUAUCUAUUAUAGAGAGUGAUGUUUUUUGACAAAGCGAUGCCAAACUUAUAGUGCAUUAUUGCGUAUAGAUUGAUUUCAAGUGUGUAUUGCAUGUUUUACGUCAACUUUAUUACGCAGGCAACGAGGAGGUCGAAUUUGCGAUUUUACGUUGACCAAAAAAGAAGUUAUAUUUCGCAAUCUCUUGCGGUAUUUCUGUAAAGUAAUAAUGCGUUUAAUUAUGCACAAUCUUCCAAAAUCUAACAGCGUCUUCCUUUGUGUUGUCAUAGCAGCUUUACACAGGGUUUGGAUUUAGCUUACGGGUAGACUAAUGUAAAAGUACGCGACGCGUUUCGUAGUCUUGAGUAUCAUAAAAGUAUGUUGUCCAAUGGAGUCCAACGCAGCGUUUUUAGUGGAUUUGGUUUAAACGACUCUGAGAAUGAAUUUUUUUAUUUUUUUUUAUUUCAUCGUCAUUAUCAGUCUAACCCAAUUAAUGUUUUCACGCACUUCUCGCAUUUAGACAUUUAUUUUGAACAAUCACUAAAAGUUUAAUAACAUUUGACUGCAUAGAAAUACACCUUAAUAAUUUAGCGAAUUUUUUUUUCUUCCAAUUUUGGUUCAAAUAUCCCUGGAUAGUUCUGUCAAUUUUCUUUCAAAUAUUGCACUUUGACGUGAUAGCUGUUAUGCUGUUAACAAUUGAUAUAGAAAUUAAAAAGCAGAAAUCUUUCAAAAUCAA